AAGAGAGAGUAUCACAAUGGACGAUAAGAGAAGAAACAUGAUCUCAUUUACUCUGUUUCUCACAUUGACAACGAUGUUAUCACUCAUCAACGGCGAUAUCGACUCAAUCCAGCUAAACGACGACGUUUUAGGACUCAUCGUCUUCAAAUCAGACCUCAACGACCCAUUUUCACACCUUGAGUCAUGGAACGAAGACGACAACACUCCUUGUUCAUGGAGUUACGUCAAAUGCAACCCCAAAACAUCUCGAGUCACCGAGCUUUCCCUCGACGGUUUAGCCUUAACCGGAAAAAUCAACCGCGGAAUCCAAAAGCUUCAACGUUUAAAAGUACUCUCACUUUCCAACAACAACUUCACCGGAAACAUCAACGCUCUCUCAACUAACAACAAUCUCCAAAAGCUAGAUCUUAGCCACAACAAUCUCUCCGGUCGAAUCCCGUUGUCUCUCGGUUCAAUCAGCUCCUUGCAACACCUUGACUUAACCGGAAACUCCUUCUCCGGUACACUCUCUGAUGAUUUCUUCAACAACUGUUCCUCUCUUAGAUAUCUCUCUCUGUCUCAUAAUCACCUCGAAGGUCAAAUCCCAAGUACUCUGUUUCAAUGCUCUGUUUUGAACAGUCUUAAUCUCUCAAGAAACCGUUUUUCGGGUAGUUUCGUCUCAGGAUUCUGGAGACUUGAGAGGUUAAGAGCUUUAGAUCUAUCGUUUAAUUCACUUUCUGGUUCAAUACCUUUGGGGAUACUCUCUUUGCAUAACUUGAAAGAGUUACAAUUACAGAGGAAUCAGUUCUCUGGAUCAUUGCCUUCAGAUAUUGGACUCUGUCCUCAUUUAAACAGAGUUGAUCUAAGUUUCAAUCUUUUCUCUGGUGAACUUCCAAGAACAUUUCAGAAGCUGAGAUCUCUAAAUCACUUCGAUUUAUCGAAGAAUUCGCUCUCCGGUGAUUUCCCGGCGUGGAUUGGUGAUAUGACUGGUUUAGUACACUUGGAUUUCUCCAGCAAUGAGUUAACUGGGAAGCUUCCUUCUUUGAUAGGUAACUUGAGAUCUUUAAAGGAACUAAUCUUGUCUGAGAACAAACUCUCCGGCGAGAUUCCGGAGUCUUUGGAAUCAUGCAAAGAGCUUAUGGUUGUUCAGCUCAAAGGUAAUGGCUUCUCCGGUAGCAUUCCUGAUGGUUUGUUUGAUCUUGGUCUUCAAGAAAUGGAUUUUUCGGGUAACGGUUUUACCGGUUCGAUCCCGAGAGGCUCAAGCAGGCUUUUUGAGUCACUUAAAAUGCUAGAUCUUUCGCGUAACAAUCUCACUGGAAGCAUUCCUGGUGAAGUAGGGCUCUUCAUCCACAUGAGAUACCUCAAUUUGUCAUGGAACCAUUUCAACACAAGAGUUCCUCCUGAAAUCGAGUUUCUACAGAAUUUAACGGUCUUGGAUCUUAGGAACAGCGCGCUGAUUGGUUCGGUUCCUGCUGAUAUAUGUGAGUCUCAGAGUCUCCAGAUCCUUCAGUUGGAUGGUAACUCACUAACCGGUUCUAUACCGGAAGGAAUCGGAAACUGCUCUUCUCUUAAAUUGUUGAGUUUGUCUCAUAACAAUCUUACCGGUCCUAUUCCUAAAUCUCUUUCAAACUUACAAGAUCUCAAGAUUCUGAAGCUAGAGGCCAAUAAGCUUAGUGGAGAAAUACCGAAAGAGCUCGGGGAAUUGCAGAAUCUGUUAUUGGUUAACGUUUCGUUUAACCGACUCAUCGGAAGGUUACCAGUUGGAGGUGUGUUUCAAAGCUUAGACCAGAGUGCUAUUCAAGGAAACCUAGGUAUAUGUUCACCAUUGUUGAGAGGUCCUUGCACACUCAAUGUUCCAAAGCCUCUUGUCAUUGAUCCAAACUCCUACGGGCAUGGGAACAAUAUGCCCGGAAACCGAGCAAGCAGUGGUUCUGGAAAAUUCCACCACAGAAUGUUCCUGAGUGUUUCAGUGAUUGUAGCAAUAUCAGCCGCUAUACUCAUCUUCUCUGGAGUCAUAAUUAUAACGCUGCUUAACGCGUCUGUGAGAAGACGGCUUGCAUUUGUAGACAACGCGUUGGAGAGCAUUUUCUCGGGGUCUUCGAAAUCAGGAAGAAGCUUAAUGAUGGGUAAACUUGUUCUGUUAAACUCAAGAACUUCACGUUCCUCUUCUUCGUCUCAAGAGUUCGAAAGAAACCCGGAUUCUCUUCUGAACAAAGCUUCAAGGAUUGGCUAUGUAGCGCCUGAACUAGAAUGUCAAAACUUAAGGGUCAACGAGAAAUGCGAUGUUUACGGGUUCGGGGUUUUGAUACUCGAACUCGUGACUGGUCGGAGACCGGUGGAGUACGGUGAAGACAGCUUUGUGAUACUUAGCGACCAUGUUCGAGUUAUGUUAGAACAAGGGAAUGUGUUGGAGUGUAUUGAUCCUGUGAUGGAGGAACAAUACUCUGAAGAUGAGGUUUUGCCUGUUCUGAAACUUGCUCUUGUCUGUACUUCACAAAUACCUUCGAAUCGGCCAACAAUGGCCGAGAUUGUUCAGAUCUUGCAGGUCAUCAAUUCUCCUGUUCCUCACCGGAUCAUGGAUAGUUUCUAAAAAACUGUGUUAGUUUAAUUUUUCA